AUGACCGGAACCUUUGCCUGCCCCUUCUAUCGGAAGGAUCCCUUUCGGCAUAUGGACUGCGUCAACUAUACGUUGACACGGUUCAGCGACGUGAAGCAGCAUCUUCAGCGACGCCAUCAAGAUCAUUUCAUCAUUCGAUGCCCUCUCUGCAAUGAAUCAUUCGAUUCAUUUGCUGAGCGCGACAAACAUGCCAAUUCAUCUGCAUCUUUCCCAUGCUCCCCCUCUUUGGAGCAUGCCCAAUCUGGCCUUGAACAGAACCCACACUCCAAAUUGAAGGCUCGCUCUUCACCUCGCGUGGCGCCUUCGGAAAUGUACUUUGAUCUUUGGGACACUCUCUUUGACAAAGAGACAAGACCAUCGAACCCUUACCGUGGGCCCGUCUUCUUGGAGACCAUCGCUGCUCUUCGAGACUUUUGGGAGACAGAGAAGUGGUCGAUUAUUACAAAUAUCAUCAAUGGAUGCCCCCAGUUGCUGAUCAUGGAGGAGCAAUUAUUCUCUCCUACGUUGAUGAAUAUUUUUGACCGCCUGUUAACUCGCUUUGAGGAUUUCGUGAGAGACCGAUGCUCAGUUACUAGGGCUGUCCAGAUUCCCGCCCUCACGGGUCACCUCGACGAGCCAAAGGCAGACCUUGAUGUCGGGGAGCCCUACCCUAAGGAUUUCAAAUGUCGUGUAGACCCCAAAUUCAACCAAGGGAUUGAAUUAUUCGGCAAUCAGCUCCCAAAUCCUGAGUACCCGACGAGUCUAGCCCCACAAAUACAUUACCAGGAUCUAGCUGCAUCUGCGAACAACGGAACUCUUCGCGUCCUAGAGACCUCAACAAGUAGUGCAGAUGAUGCACUCAAUGAAGACCAAGAUUAUCAGGCAUCAGGAGAAGCAUCCAUCGGGGCUUUUCUUCAAGGUGACCCUGACAGCGAGUUUUCUUUCGGUGACAACAAUGUUUCCUAUUUUGAUUGUUAUUAG